CUUUGCUCAGUUGAGUCACGGUUUGACCUGUGGUCUUCUGGAGCGGCAGAACCUCGCUGAGCUUCUCACAGAGCAGAAGGUUCUUCGCCGCCCUGAGAUCACAAGUGUCGUAUGUGUGCAAGAGGUUGUCAUGGGGAACUGCUGUUACAACAUGGUGGUGACGGUGCUGUUGGUGGUGGUCACUGAAAGUACAAGAGCCCUGCAGGAUUCCUGUGCCAAGUGUGAGGCUGGUACCUUCUGCAAGAAAGACAAUCCUGUGUGUACCAGCUGUCCCCCAAGCACAUACUCCAGCACGGGCGGGCGGCCGUCCUGCAACCUCUGCAAAGUGUGUGAAGGUUAUUUCAGGUUCAAGAAGCCUUGCUCCCGCACCAGCAAUGCAGAGUGUGAAUGCAUCAAGGGAUACCACUGCUUGGGGCCAGAGUGUGCCUGGUGUGAAAAGGACUGCAAGCCAGGCCAAGAGCUGACGGAGCAGGGUUGUAAAAACUGUGGCUUCGGGACAUUUAAUGCUCAGGAUGGGGGAGGCACCUGCCGACCGUGGACGAACUGCUCUCUAGGUGGAAAGUCUGUGCUUGAGAAUGGAACCACAGAGAAAGAUGUGAUCUGUGGCCCCACGUUGGUCAGCUCCUCUCCAGGUACCUCCCCGACCGUGACUGCCCCGGUGAGAAAAUCAGGUGAAAGAGGGAACUCCUUGCAAGUCCUUACCUGGCUGCUGGCGCUGACAUCGGCCAUACUGCUGUUUCUACUCUGCAUCACUCUGGGGCCCAUUGUGGCCAAAUGGAACAGCAAGAAAUUCCCCUACUUGUUCAAGCAACCAUUUAAGAUGGCAGUUCGAACAGCUCAAGAGGAAGAUGCUUGUAGCUGCCGAUUUCCAGAGGAAGAAGAAGGAGGAGGAGGCUACGAGCUAUGAAAUGACAUCCCAGGAGGCAUGGGGAUCCUCAGAAGAUUGUCAGUUUUUACCAGGCUGGAACUGCCGGGAUAAAGGAUUCUCCUGCCUUAGCUUUCUGAGUAGCUGGGACAACAGAUAAAUCACCUGCCUGGAACCCUGCCAAUUCUAAAGGGACACCUCUUGCCUUUGGGCACUUGGGGUCUUGGUCUGUGUGCUCCACUGUCCACAUGUGACCUCUCCAGUGUGGUGCAUCUGGGGUAACUGAGGUAGACUCUCAUUUGUUCCCAACUGGGAACACAGAAAACACACAGCCUGUGCUUAUCAAAUAGAGGCUGUGUUAGCUGCCUUUCCCAUCCCCGAGACAGAGCACCUCAGAGACACUGAGGGGAGAGAAGGUUUGCGGAUUCUAUUGUGGCCGGGAAGGCAUGGCAGCAUGAGCGAUCCGUCUUUGGCCAUGGCAGGAGUAUAUUAUACGGUUCCUCACCUGUUGAUGGGUCUAAGCUCCACAGGCCCACCCUGAAUGGCCUGCAUCUCCUAGCUGUGUCCCACAUCCCAAAGUUCCAUAAUCUACAGAAACAGCACCGCCAGCUGUGGACCAAGUGCUCAGAACAUGUGCCUGUAUGGAACGUUCCAGAUUCAGCCCACAGCAGACAGUGUUCACUUUCUAGACUGGGUGACACCCUUGUCAUAGUGUAUUUUGGCAUCGCAUAUGAGUAAGUGGAAAGCACAGGAACUUGGGAUGUGUGUCACUGUCCCCUCGGCAGAUCACAGCAACGGAAAACGGAGAUGGGAGAAAAUGGUUCCGUCUGGAAGGUAGUUUAGACAACCCAAUGAUUCGCUUUAAUAGACUAAAUAUACAUUUCAAUGGCCCAAAUAAACGAAAUCAUUUAAGCUUU